ACUUUAAAGUAACUAUUUAUUUACUAAACGGAGACGAAGUUUAGACACGACAGUUUGUUUAACCUCGCCUAACGUUAACGUUAAUUCGUCACCUCAGCCAACGUUAACUAGAUUUUACUGCUGUGGAUAAAAUUUAGAGCGUAUUUCUUUUAUAACUUAGCCUGCCAGGCACGCUUUGAGGUGGGAAGUGCAUAAUAUUUCAAACACAGUGGGGAAAAAACAGACUUCUAACGUUAUUUGAUGGAGGAGAAGAUGAGCGAGGAGAACAUUGAGGAUGUGAGAUCACUGGAGGCUCAGAUUGAGUGUCUCCAGGCUGAAGUUGCAGCGUUGCAGCGCCACCAGCAGGACAUCCACAAGGAAAUAACAUUCCACUUCAGUGGACAAAUGCAGGAUGCCAUGUUGUACAUGUGUGGACAGAGACAAGAAGGGGGGAAGGAGAAGGUGCUGUCCAGACUGAAGGAGGAGCUGGAGGAGCUGGAGGAGGACCUGAAGCAGCAGACACGCAUGAAUGGCAUCAGCCUGGACAGCUGCACCAGAAAGACUCUGCAAAGCAGUGGCAGUAAGCUGGUCCAGCAGCUCUGUGUAUCAGGUCACUGCUCAGAACUGGUCUUUCAGGUGGAGUUCCAGCUCUCUGAGGUCAAGAAUGGUGAGAGAUCUGAGAGGACAAUCAGUGAUCUGAAUGUGGUCAUGGAUGCCAGCGACCUGCAGAACUUCAGCAGUUUCCUAUCUGGGGUGGAGGAGAGCAGGGAUCUUCUGCUGUUCUUCAGAACUCUCAGGACUUUCUCAGAUAGAUGUGACGACCGGCGUAGAACCUUCCAACACUUCCAGGAGAAGUAUCCGUCUGUCGUCUCUCUUUCUGGAGGCUGCAUGUCAGACGUCAUGUCCCUGAAUCAUCCCGAGCUUCCUGGCUGCGUUUUGUUCAUUCAUUGGUCGGUUGAUGUUUCCAGAGAGGGCGGAGUCACUCAAAAGAUUGACAUGCUGACAAAGAUCCCUGAGAAAGUGCUGCAGUUGUUUCCCUCUCAGGCUGUAGGCGGCGCUGCUGAGGCCUUUCAGAGCCUGCUGAGGAUUCUGGGACCUGAAGCCGCCAUGGAGUCUGUCAUCAGGGCGGUCAGCCUUUCACAGCACACACAACUCUAAUCUCUGUGCAGAACUACAGGGUAAAAUGUAAAGCAUAUCUGUCUGAAACAUUCUUCAUUAAACCUUUUUAUAUUUUAACAUGUCAAAACUGAGCUAACGUAUAAAUAAAGUAAACACAGUUUAUAGUC